AUGGACUUCCAGGAGCAUAGUGGUGCUGAGAUGGAGCGUUGUUGCGCUCUGGAUUUUUCUUCUGGAGUGCAGCGACACUCGACAGGAUUUCAAGAAAAGCCAAUGCGCUCUGUGACGAGCGUCGGGAUGCUCUACGUGAAAUUCUCAAGCAUCACUGUGCUUCUGCAAGAGCGUCACAACAUUCUAGGCCAGAGCUACUACCCUAAUUCGAUUUUCACCAGAACAACCAAGCUUGCCGAUAGCGGGUUUGAGCUCAACCGUAAUGAGGGCGGUGGGAUAAAGAACUAUCCCGGAGAGCUUACUUAUUAUGUGCUAAUAACUUGUAUUGUUGCUGCCAUUGGUGGACUCAUCUUUGGUUACGACAUCGGUAUUUCUGGUGGUGUCACCUCCAUGGCUCCGUUUUUGCAAAGAUUUUUCCCAUCUGUUUAUCAGAAAGAAGCUCUAGACACUUCUACCAAUCAAUAUUGCAAGUUUGACAGUCUUACUCUCACCAUGUUUACUUCUUCUCUUUAUUUGGCUGCUCUUUUGGCAUCUUUUGUAGCCUCUUGGAUCACCAAAACUUUUGGUCGUAAGAAGUCCAUGCUUCUUGGUGGCCUUGUAUUCUUAGUUGGUGUUGUCGUUAAUGUUGUUGCUCAAAAUAUCGCCAUACUCAUCGUUGGACGUAUUUGUUUAGGCAUUGGUGUUGGGUUUUCACUUCAAUCUAUUCCACUUUAUGUUUCAGAGAUGGCUCCAUCUAAAUAUCGAGGUUCUCUUAAUGUUGUUUUUCAACUUUCCAUUACAAUUGGUAUUUUAGUGGCUAAUUUUGUCAACUAUGGUACUGCUUAUAUUCAUGGUGGAUGGGGGUGGAGGGUAAGUUUGGGUGGUGCAGCCGUGCCUGCAUUAUUUAUCACUAUCUUAGCUUUAUUCCUUCCGGAUACUCCAAACUCAAUGUUAGAAAGAGGUGAAGUUGAGAAGGCAAGAGCCAUGCUCCAACGCAUUCGCGGUGUGUUUGAAAAGGACGUAGAGGCAGAAUUUCAAAAUAUCGUGGCAGCAAGUAUGGCUGCUAAAGCAGUGAAACAUGCUUGGAAAAAUUUGAGAGAGAGACAAAAUAGACCACCACUAGUAAUGUCGAUUCUAAUUCCAUUUUCCCAACAAUUGACCGGUAUCAAUGUGGCCAUGUUCUAUGCUCCUGUGUUGUUCAAGACUAUUGGUUUUGGAGACAAUGCUUCUCUUCUUUCAUCUGUCAUUACUGGUGGUAUUAAUACUCUUACAACUUUUGUCUCUAUCUAUGGCACUGAUAAGUAGAGAAGGAUCUUUUUCUUGCUUGGUGGAAUCCUUAUGUUCAUUUUUCAGGUUUUGGUUGCUGUGUUUAUUGCUUGAAAAUUUGGAGUUUCUGGUGAGGUUGCUUUUCUACCUAAAUGGUAUGCCACUAUCGUGGUAUUGUUCAUUUGUAUUUAUGUUCAAGCCUUUGCAUGGUCUUGGGGGCCUUUGGGAUGGUUGGUCCCAAGUGAAAUUUUUCCACUCGAGAUUCGAUCGGCUGCUCAAAGUGUAACAGUCUCAGUUAAUAUGUUCUUUACUUUUCUGAUUGCCCAGAUCUUCUUCACCUUGCUUUGUCAUAUAAAAUUUGGAUUGUUUUUUUUCUUUGCUUUUUUCGUGGUUCUGAUGACCCUAUUUGUCUAUUUCUUCUUAUUGGAGACAAAAGAUAUCCCUAUUGAAGAUAUGUCUUGUGUUUGGAGACAAUAUUGGUUUUGGAGUAGAUAUAUGCCUCAACAACUUGUUAAAUUCCGUCCUCAAGUUUAG